CACACACACACACACACGCACACAGCCCAUCUUCUCCCUCUCUCGUCCUCUCUCUCUCUUUCUCCCUCCUCCCCCUUCAUCGUCUCUCUGUGAAUCCCUCACAUUCUCUCCUCGCAUCCACCCAGCAGCAUCUUCCGGCUCUGUCCUCUUCCUCUUCCUCCGCCAUCAGCGACAAUGAGCAGCACAGUGUCAGCUUACACAGAAAAGAUCAAAGAGGUGUCCAUGCUGUCUCUGAUCUGCUCCUGCUUCUACACACACCCACACCCCAACAGCCUUUAUCAGUAUGGAGACCUGAAGGUGAAGGCCCUGAAUAAGAGAGCUUCUGGCCAGUCGUUUGAGGUCAUCCUGAAGGAUCCCGACCAGUCCGGGGACAAAAGCCAUUCUCAGUCAAUACCCUCCCCUCCGAGGAGGGAGGUGUCCCUGGAGGACCUCCAGAAGAGGCUGGAGGCGGCUGAGGACAGGAGGAAGUCCCAGGAAGCCCUGCUGCUGAAGCAGCUGGCGGAUAAGAGGGAGCGCGAGCAGGAAGUUCUCUGCAAGGCGCGCGAGGAGAACAGCAUCUUUAGCAAGAAGGCGGAGGAGAAGCUCACCCAAAAGAUGGAGGUCAACCGUGAGAACCGGCAGGCCCACCUCAAUGCUCUCAAACAACGUCUGCAUGAGAAGGCAAUCCACGCUGCUGACGUGCGCAGGAAGAAGGAGCUUCUCGGGCUGAGAGCCCAUUGA